AAACUGCAGCAUAGCGACACCUGCUGUAAGUGCAUCGUCGACCAUUUGUUUACUUUUGCAAUAGGAACGAAGCUGUUACGCAAUAUCCAGAGAUGAAAGCGCCCUGUAAACGGGAGCGCUAGGUGGGGUAUUGGUUCUCUAAUGGACUAAGCGCUGAUUAGUUGAGGUGCUGGAGUGUGAUGAGUGAUUUUUCAAGGGUAAGCGGCGAUAGAGAUUGUAACUUGUAUGUGUGUGUGUCCGUGAGGUGGGGGUGAGUGCUGAGCGAUACACUCCUCGUGACGUCACUCCUCAUUCAGACAGCAGCGGUGUUCGGCUGCGGAGGAUGCCGACCCCGACGCGGGGACGACAGCCAGGCGAGAUGCCCGCUACCCCCGAGCUCCCCAGUCCCGAUCCGGCCCUCGCCGUGCACCACUAGCACCCAUGAAGCCUCCCUUGCUGAAGCCUGAAAGGGCCAAAGGGCGGAAAAAGGAGACGCAGAAAGAAGAAUGUACUGGAGAAUAGGGUUCGCCUGGUCUCCCUCCUGUGUGGUUGACUUCGGCCGGAAUCAGAGCUUCUCCUUCGGCCUGUGCGGCUCGGAUGAGCAGUAUUCAUUAUAUGGGUACAUCAUCGCCUACCCCUUGCAGGACUACGCAGGGAUCAUGUCGGCGCUGGGCUCGGAUUCCUGGUGGAGGAAAACGCUUUAUCUGACCGGGGGCGCUCUCCUUGCUGCCGCUGCCUAUCUGCUGCACGAGCUGCUGGCUAUUAGGAAGGAGCAGGAGCUGAACUCCAAAGAUGCCAUCAUCCUUCACCAGUUCUCCCGGCCCAAGAGUGGAGUUCCCAGCCUGUCCCCCUUCUGCCUCAAGAUGGAGACCUACCUGCGCAUGCUGGGCCUGCCCUACCAGAACUACUUCGACGGGAAGUUGUCUCCGCAGGGUAAGAUGCCAUGGAUCGAGUACAACCAGGAGCAGGUGUUCGGCACGGAGUUCAUCAUCAGCUUCCUGGAGGACAAGCUGGGCAUGACCCUCAACAAGAGCCUGACCCCACAGGAGAAGGCCGUCUCCCACGCCAUCGCCAUGAUGGUGGAGGAGCACUUCACCUGGACAAUAGCAUAUUGCCAGUGGAUUGAUAACCUGGAGAAGACAGAGGAGAUGCUGUCGGUGAGCGGGCCCCUGAGUCACGUGCUCAAGUGGAUCCUGAGUCACCUGACCAGCGGUAUCGUCAAGCGUGAGAUGUUCGGCCACGGCAUCGGACGCUUCUCCAAGGAGGAGGUGUAUGCACUCAUGGAGAAGGACAUGCGAACCCUUGCCACCCUGCUAGGUGACAAGAAAUACAUCAUGGGGCCUAAGAUGUCCACGCUGGACGCCACGGUGUUUGGCCAUCUUGCCCAAGCCAUGUGGACCCUGCCGGGCACUCGUCCUGAACAGCUGAUCAAAGGUGAGCUGAUCAACUUAGCCAUGUAUUGCGAGCGCAUCCGUAGAAAAUUCUGGCCCGAGUGGUUUGUGGAUGUGGACGACUUCUACUACGACGGCUCUUUCGAUGACAGCACCGAAUCGUCCUCCCACUUGCUGGACCUGGGCCUGUACUCACGGACCGACGCGUCUAACACACACACGCACACACACACUCCCACACACUCGCUGGACUCCAACCUGCACACGCCAGACAGCGACCACACGGGCCAGUCGCUCUGCGACUCCGACAUGGACACAGAGGUCUCAGAGACGGAUCAGCUGAAGGGUUAGAUUCCCACAAUGCCUUGCACGGACCCCUUCUGUCUCCAUUCGCCAACCCCCCCCCCCCCCCCCCCCCCCUCCUUCUCCUGCCUUCCUCUUGGAGGGGUUGAUGACUGCAUCACAAAGACCAUGUUGGUGAAGAUGAUGAAGAUGACGAGGAUGAUGGUGGUGGUGAAAACGAAAGCAUGAAAGCAUCAGACGAAAGCAAGCAGGAGCUGAAGAGAGAGAGAGAGAGGGGGAGAGAGAGAGAGCGGGAGUCGAUGACACCGUUGCCGAGUAACCCACGGUCAGAUGCCACCUCGGUGCAGCCAGUUAUUGCUACGGCAGCAUGUCUACAGAACAUCCUUCAGUCGUCUGUUUUUACAGUUUUAUAAAGUCUGAGCCUCUCAUUGGACCUGGUAUGGCACAUAUAUUAUAUGUUAAUAUAAAGGACAUGAGCUUAGUACCACUCCUAGUUCCAAUAAUAAUGUCCAUGUGAUAUUGAUAUGCCUGUGUAGAAAUACUACGGCAUACUCAAAUGAUCUCACAAACUCGUACUUAUUGUCUGCAUACUGUUUGUGACCCUCUUCAGUGCGUGCUGUGUGUGAUUGGACAGGUCUGCUCGCUGCCUGUUUGUGAUUGGACAGGUCUGCUUGCUGCCUGUGUGUGAUUGGACAGGUCUGCUCGCUGCCUGUCUGGAGAUGUGAAUGACCUCUUCAGUCCAGACAGCAGCUGAUGUUUCCAGAAUAUUCCGCCCUUUGGUUUGUUCCACUCUCUGAGAGAUCAGUUUGCACUGAAAUGAUUAACAAUCAUUGGAAGACGACUGAGCAAGUUUGAUAACAGAAUGUGACUCUUAAUGGUUGAUUAAUUAAUUAAUCAAUCUAUUUAUAUCAUUAAUAGUACAAUUGAUAAUGAAUUCAUUACAUUAACGAUAAUAACAGUCAUUAAUAGAAGAACAGGCAACAUGAAGAGCUUGUUUCAGUGACAUCUUCAAGCAGGAUCUGAGCGACCAUCCCUACCCUGCAAACAGCAUUUGAUCUAAACCAAUUGGCUUUUAAAACCCUCUGUGGAACUGCCUUGCCUUUUAAAAGCCCAUGCAUGUUUCCUGUACAAGAGGCCUUCAAGCAGAACAGUCUA